AGUGUUAGUGUCAUUAGUAGUGUUCAUUUAUUUCUUCGUACCACUUCAUUGUUUGUUUCUUCACUUAAAAUAUUGAAUUUAAUCUAUUCUAGUUGAAAUAUUAUUUUUAUUGUUAUGACUGUGUGAAAUGUUAAAUUUGAUCGGAGAUAGUGCUGUACAAUCAUGAGUGAGUUGUCAUUUCGGCAAUUCGAUUAAGAAUAAAUCAAUUUAGCAUUGACCUUUUUUGGCAAAUUGUUAAAAAUAUAUUUUGCACAUAUUUUUUAAAAUGCCGGCUGCCGAAAACGGUGCAUUGCACGCAGAAAAAGAUACGGAUCGGGCACCAAUUAUUAAUGGAAUGGAAACAUUACCAAAAACUAAACAGGUUGAUCCUGCAACUUCAUAUUUAAGAGCUGCUAGAUCAGGAAACCUAGAAAAAGUUUUAUUAUUACUUGAAAGUAGCGGUGUUGAUGUAAAUACUGCAAAUUCUAAUGGACUUAAUGCACUUCAUUUAGCUGCAAAAGAUGGACAUGUGGAUAUUGUAAAAUGUUUAUUAAAACGAGGAUGUUCUGUAAAUUCAGUAACCAAAAAAGGGAAUUCUGCUCUUCAUAUUGCUUCAUUAGCUGGACAAGAAGAAAUUGUUAAAGUAUUAGUGGAAAACAAUGCUUCUAUAAAUAUACAAUCACAUAGUGGCUUCACUCCACUUUAUAUGGCUGCUCAAGAAAAUCAUUGCAGCAUUGUUGAAAUACUUUUGAGGCAUGGCGCAAAUCAACUUUUAGUUACUGAGGAUGGAUUUUCACCUUUAGCAGUAGCUAUGCAACAAGGUCAUGAUAAAGUUGUUGCUAUACUAUUGGAAAAUGAUACUAAAGGGAAAGUAAGAUUACCAGCUCUUCAUAUAGCUGCUAAAAAAGAUGAUACCAAGGCUACCAAUCUAUUACUCCAGAAUGAUCAUAAUCCUGAUGUUACAUCUAAAAGUGGCUUUACACCAUUACACAUUGCUGCACACUAUGGUAAUAACAAUGUUGCAUCUAUGUUGGUUCAAAGAGGGGCUGAUGUAAAUUUUACUGCUAAACACAAUAUAACACCAUUACACGUUGCUGCAAAGUGGGGAAAAUUAAACAUGGUUGAUUUAUUAAUUCAAUUGGGUGCCAAUAUUGAAGCUAAGACUCGAGAUGGACUUACACCUUUACAUUGUGCAGCAAGGUCUGGACAUGAUCAUGUUAUUGAUCGCUUGUUACAAAGUAAUGCUCCUAGAACAUUAAAAACAAAGAAUGGUUUAGCUCCCUUGCACAUGGCAGCUCAAGGAGAUCAUGUUGAUGCAGCUAAAGUUCUUUUAACCUACAAAGCACCUGUGGAUGAUGUAACUGUAGACUAUCUUACCAGUUUACAUGUGGCUGCUCAUUGUGGUCAUGUAAAUGUGGCAAAAACAUUAUUAGAUCAUAAUGCUGAUCCAGAUGCUAGAGCAUUAAAUGGUUUUACUCCUUUGCAUAUAGCUUGUAAAAAGAAUCGAAUUAAAGUUGUUGAGCUUUUAUUAAAACAUGGAGCAUCUAUUGAAUCUACAACAGAAUCCGGCCUAACACCAUUACAUGUUGCCAGUUUUAUGGGUUGCAUGAACAUAGCACUUGUUUUAGUUAGUCAUGGUGCUUACCCAGAUGCUAGUACAGUUCGUGGAGAAAGUCCAUUGCAUUUGGCAGCUAGAGCUAAUCAGUCUGAUCUUGUGAGAGUUUUGGUGCGUUCUGGAGCUACAGUGGACUCUAAAGCUAGACAUGGUCAAACACCACUUCAUGUUGCAUGUCGACUUGGGCAUACUCAGAUUGCUACAUUACUUCUUCAAUAUGGUGCUUCAGUGGAUGCUACAACUACAGAUUUAUACACACCUUUACAUAUAGCAGCCAAAGAAGGACACAAUGAAGUAGCAACUGCUUUAUUAGAUAGUGGAAGUUCUUUAGUAUCAACUACUAAAAAAGGUUUUACCCCACUUCAUUUAGCAGCUAAGUACGGAAAUAUUGCCGUAGCUAGUAUGCUUUUGGAAAAAGGUGCACCUGUUAAUUCUCAAGGCAAAAAUGGUGUUACACCGUUACAUGUGGCUAGUCACUAUAACCACCAAGAUACGGUUUUCUUACUUCUUGAUAAUGGAGCAUCACCACACAUAGCUGCUAAAAAUGGUCAUACACCGUUGCAUAUAGCUGCUAAAAAGAAUCAGUUGGAUGUUGCUUCUACACUGUUGAUGAGCCAGUCAGAUGCGAAUGCUGAGUCUAAAGCUGGGUUUAGUCCGUUACACCUGAGUGCACAGGAAGGUCAUGAACAAAUGUCAAAACUACUACUGGAACACAAGUCCGACAUCAAUCUACAGUCAAAGAAUGGAUUGACACCAUUACAUCUUUGUGCUCAAGAGGAUAAAGUAAAUGUGGCAAUUAUAUUAGUUGACAAUAAUGCUAAUAUAAAUGCAACAACUAAGACUGGUUUUACACCUUUACAUGUAGCAUGUCAUUAUGGUCAACUAAAUAUGGUAAGAUUUCUUUUGGAAAAAGGUGCCAAUGUUGAUGUUCAAACAUCAUCUGGCUAUACAGCUCUUCAUCAAGCUGCUCAACAAGGCCAUACAGUUGUUAUUACAUUAUUGCUUCAAAGCAAAGCUUCUCCGAAUAUUCAAAAUAUGCAAGGGCAAACUCCAUUAAAUAUAGCUCACAAAUUGGGAUAUGUAAGUGUUGUAGAAACGUUAAAAGUAGUUACUGAAACAACUAUAAUAACUACAACUACUAGUACCAUUGAAGAAAAAUAUAAGGUUAUGGCUCCUGAAUCAAUGCAAGAAACAUUUAUGUCUGACUCUGAAGAUGAAGGAGGUGGUGAUGAUGUCUUGUCGGUGAUCAUGAACGAUUACGGCAAGCCGACACAUGCGCAACAUAUUUAUCUUCCAUACUAUCAAGGUCGAAAUGUUCUACAUGAAGAUCCAAUGUUGAAUGAUACACACCAGUAUCGUUACAUGACUGUUGAUGAUAUGAAAUCAUUAGGAGAUGAUUCUUUAAAAAUUGAUGUUACUAGGGAUGAAAAGACAGAUAUGGCUAAUGAUUCAGGUGUCGUUAACGAAUAUGUUAGUAAUACACAUUAUAUUUCGCCCCAGUAUUCGCCAAAUCCUUCUGGGGGUAGUAUACUAUCUGAUAACAUUGAUAUCUGUCGUUCACCUGUCAAUAUUGGGUUGGAUAGACUAGAAAGAUCAUUGGCAAUGCUCGGCCCUUGUGGAAAUACUACUGGAAUGUGGCGCGAAAGAAAAAGCCAUUGGAAAAAUUUUCUUGUGAGUUUUUUGGUUGAUGCCCGUGGUGGAGCUAUGCGAGGAUGCAGACAAUCUGGUGUAAGAGUGAUAAUUCCACCUCGAAAAGCACCAAGUCCUAUGCGAGUUACGUGUCGAUAUUUAAGAAGAGAUAAAAUGGUUAAUCCACCACCUCUUAUGGAAGGAGAAGCAUUAGCUAGUAGAAUUCUUGAACUUGGACCAGCUGGAGCCAAAUUUUUGGGACCUGUUAUUAUUGAAGUACCUCAUUUUGCUUCAUUAAGAGGGAGAGAAAGAGAACUAGUUGUGUUAAGGUCAGAAAAUGGAACAACCUGGAAAGAGCAUACAUUGGAAGCUAAUGAAGAAGCUGUACAAGAGGUACUUAAUGAUAGCUUUGAAGGAGAAGAACUUAGACAGAUUGAAGACCUCCGAACGAGUCGUAUUGAAAGAAUUUUGACAUUAGAUUUUCCACAAUAUUUUGCUAUAGUUUCAAGAUUAAGACAAGAAAUACAUCCUGUUGGUCCAGAAGGUGGAGUUAUGUCUUCUACAGUUGUACCACAGGUGCAAGCAUUAUUCCCACCCAAUGCCCUAACUAAACGCAUUAAAGUGGGCUUACAGGCACAACCUAUUCCUGUUGAAUUGGUUGCAAAAUUGUUUGGUAACCGUGUUGCAGUGUCACCUGUCGUUACUAUUGAACCUCGUAGAAGGAAAUUUCAUAAAGCUAUUACUUUGACCAUUCCUUUACCACAAGCUACUACCAAAGGAAUGAUUAAUCAAUAUUCCGGAGAUGCUCCUACGUUAAGAUUACUUUGUAGUAUGUCAGGUGGUCAGUCUAAAGCCCAAUGGGACGAUGUUACUGGAGGGACACCUUUGACUUUUGUUAAGGACUGUGUAACAUUUACUACAACUUUGUCUGCAAGAUUUUGGUUGAUAGACUGCAGAAAUGUUAGUCAAGUUAAAAAUAUAGCUACACAACUCUUUAUUGAAGCCAAUUAUGUUCCAUUUAUGGCAAAAUUUGUAGUGUUUGCUAAAAGAACAGACAUUAUGGAGGCACGUCUUAGAGUAUUUUGCAUGACGGAUGACAAAGAAGAAAAGACAUUAGAAAACCAAGAGCAUUUCAUUGAAGUAGCCAAAAGCAGGGAUGUCGAGGUAUUACAAAACAAAAAUAUAUAUGUGGAAUUUGCUGGAAAUUUAUUACCUAUAUUUAAAUCUGGUGAACAAUUGGAAUUGAAUUUUACUGCCUUUCGUGAAAACCGUUUGCCAUUCACUGUUCGUAUACGUGAUUUGGAGGAUACUAAUGUUGCUCGUAUUCUGUUCAUGCGUGAACCUAAAGUUAACAGAGGUGAUCCAGCCCAAACACCUAUAUGCGUGUUAAAUGUAACUAUUCCUGAAGAUAUUAUUAAUGAAACCUCAAAGUCGGAGUCAGAUUUAUUAAGCCUUGAUCGAAGCUACAAUUUGUAUGAGAAUGGUUUUGAACAAAUUGACACUAUACAUAGAGCAGAUAUCCGUUUAUCAGAUAUUUCAAAUAUGCUAGGUGAUAAUUGGCCUUUAUUAGCGGUUGAGUUAGGAAUUCUUCAAUCGGACAUUAGUAUUAUCCAGUCAGAAUACCCGGGUAACUCUCAACGACAGGCUAUGGUUAUGCUUAGGUUGUGGUUACAGACUUUUGGUCAGCAAGCUACUGGUAAUUCUUUGGAAAAAGCAUUGAAAACAAUUAAUCGUGAAGACAUAGUUAAUCAGUGUAUACAUAAUAUUGAAAUUGUUACUGAUGACAUGGAAAAGGCAGUAGCCAAAGUACAUUUAGAUCAGUCUGGAUUUGAUUCUUUAAAAGAGGAAUUGGGUCCAUCUAGGGAUGGUUCUCUUGGUAGGAAGUCUUCACUUUCUUACCAUAAGAAAGUCAAAAAAUCAGAAUUAAUGAAUACUGAUCAACCUAGUAGUAAUGUAGAUGAAGAGUUAGUAAAUGCUUUGAAUAAACAAAUUAUAGUUGAUGAAAAAAUGGAAAUAAAACCUAAAAUUUUUGAUGAUAAGUAUGCUGCCGAAGUUAAAGAGUAUGAUAUUAAAAAUUCCAAUGGAAUAUUGUUAAAAAUAAAUACACCACCACCUAGUCCAAUAGAAUAUUCAGAAAAGAUUGAUAAAAAUAAAACUACUUCUAAUUGUGACAAUGAUGUAGAAAUUGAUGAAAAUAUUGUAGCUUCAUGUGGAUUAUCAAGAGACUAGGUAAUUGAAGACAACCCUAGGGUUCUUUAAUAAAAAUAAAUGCUAUUAUUAAAAUUAAAAUUUUUGCUUAUGCACAAGUGUUUAUAUUAAAUCAAUGCUGAUUGUUUUUAUUUUGUGAAAAAUUGUUUAACCGUGUUCUAACCAAGCUUUACUGCUUAAUUAUAUUAGUAUUAAAUUUCAAUUUUAUUUUUAAAUUAA